CAAAAUUAAAUCGUGCGACUUUAGGUCCAACCAAAAUUAUAAUUUUUCUUCGUCAACAAUCUCAUAAUUAAUUUUAGGAUCAAUUUAAAAUUGCCGAAUACUAAUUAGCAAUGUCAAGGCACCCCUCAUAUUGACGCAUUUCUUUUUUCUUUGCUCUCCCUCCUUCCUGUCUUCUUCCCUUCUGUCUCCCUGACUUUGUGUGUUAUCUGGGCAACCAGACCUGACAGACCUACUGACUUACAAGACUUUAACCAAGAGCAAAAGUCCUACCAAUGACGAAUAGAGAGAGGUUUCUCAUUUGGCCACAGUUUUUCGAGGGAUUUACUAAGCAAUGCUUGAAUCGAAGCAUUCGAUGGUCCGCUACGUCUUUUCUCAAUAUUGGUCACUUUAUGCAAAACUUCGGUAGUGCCAAUGCCUACUCUACACAAAAUCUGGUCGUUUGGUCAUGUGUUAGAAAACAAAUAACAAAUAUUACGCUUGGCGCACAGUUAAAAAUGUUUUUGCUUUUGAACCUCAGAUCUCUAUACUGCCUGCAUAGGUAAGUUGAACUACUGUACAUCAGAUGGCAGCGAAAUCCGGAAAUUUAUCAAAUGGCAGUUAUGCAUAACGCGGUCCAAUUCUGACGGAUCCGUCAACGCCAAGUAGACAGAACCGUAUGUUGUUUUGGUUUUCUAAACGUUACAGAGAUUCAUUUUGUACUUGCAUACAAGCAAGUUUUACUAGAUUUACGCCCGAUUCAUCAUUGCCAACGUUACAGACUAGUGCGAAGGUGUCACUUUCUGAUUAGCUGUUCACAUCAGUAGACGUCAAGACGUAAUGGAUACUCAUGAAAUAGGGUAUAUGGUUAUCCUGUUUUUUUUAUCCCUAAUUUCACAGAUGAUGCACAACCUAGUGCUAGAAGAAGGCGAUUUAGUUCAAAUGGAGAGUGUUACUCUACCAGUAGGCACCUUUGCUAAGUUCCAACCACUGAGUGCCGACUUUCUCGACAUCACAAACCCAAAGGCUGUGCUCGAAAAUUGCCUGCGUUCAUUCGCCUGUCUGACCAAAGGUGAUGUCAUUGCUGUCAAGUACAACUCCAAGACGUACGAACUGUGUGUAUUAGAGACCAAGCCUGGAGAUGCCAUAAGCAUUAUUGAAUGCGAUAUGAAUGUCGAAUUCGCCCCUCCAGUAGGCUACAAAGAAAACGAACCAAGCAAGAAGGCAGAAGAAGAGGAAAUGGCCGUGGAUCCGGCCGAAUUAAUGCCGGAACCUCCCGGAUUUGUGGCAUUUCGAGGAGCUGGAAACAGGUUGGAUGGCAAAAAGAGGAAGGAAUCCAUUUCGAACGACGUGGUUCAGCCGAAACCUGCUUAUGUUAGGGGAAUUCCAGAUUACGACUAUCAGAUUGGCACUUUGAGAUUCAUCAGGCGAUCAGUGAAGCAAAAAACAGAGGACAACGACGAUGGAGGCGAAUUCAAGGCAUUUAGCGGCACCGGAUUCAGUCUAAGAGAUUCUCUGUUAAGUAGCUGAAUAAGGUCAAUGUGUGUGGCCUUGCAACUACAGUGUACCAUCGAGUCUAACAUGAUCUUUUAUAUAAACGUUUUACUUGCACAUGUAUGCUGGGAUGGAGUGUAAAUAAAAAAGUGGGAAAGUA